AUGUCUUCGACCUACCGGCUUGAGGGAUCUGUCAAUCGUCUUUCAGAAAUACUUGGAGAUGGGCACAAUGCUAUGAAGUCUGAACAACAAUGGUUUUCACUGCUGCUCCACGAAUCAUCAAGUUCUACACUGGGAGAUGUUCUGAUAUCUAUUCCUGUGUCCAAAGUAGAUAUGGGGAUUAGGUCCAAUUCAUAUAAUACUGGAUUAAAAUCUGUGGUAAUGAGACUUAAUACAUCUGGUGUCUCACAGCCAGUGGCUUCAGUUCCUACAGUUGUACAGGAAGAGCUUGUAUCUAGACAACCAAUUCAGGUUCAUUAACUGUGAAUGUUGUUAUUGGUUUGACUUUAAUGGGAUAUUGUUGUUGUUUUGAUUUGACCAUAUAUUCUAGGAUCAGGAGCUGAUAUACCCAACUGUCGAUCCAGAUACAUAUGUCAACUGACACACCAACUGUUUUCCAAAAUGAUUUGUUAUUACUAUUUAGCAAGGGUAUAUAUUUCGUUGGUAUUUCAGAAGUAUUUAUUCUGCUAUUAGAGAAAAAUGUUAAAUAUUUUUGCGCUCUAGCAAAAUUAAUACUGGUAAAAUGAUAUGUGAAAGGUGAAGAAGUUGUAUUGUAGUCUCUAGCAAUUUCAUUUAUUUUGUCCUCUUUUCGUAGUUCAUCCUGUUCUGGGCUUGUAUAUAAACUCUUUGGCACAUAUUUCUUUGAAAAAUUUAUCAGCGUUGAAGUAUUUUGAUAGAUAUUUCGUAUCACUGGCUAUUUUUUAUUUUUUUAACAAGUUCAAAAUUUUCUGUUCACAGUUAACCUAGAGUUUAACUCCUCAAUCUUUUUGUAGCUAAAUCUUGCUCUUUUUUUUUUUGUCAUUAUCUUUUAUAGUGUUGAUCUUUUCUUUUUUUGGCUGGCAUGUGUUGCUUUGAAAGGAUGAACGUGAACUGCAAAAAUAAAGGAAGAGACCCUCUUAUCGAGAAUCAGCUAGGAGGCCAAGAAUUCACAGAAAGGUUCGAAAAUAUUUUCAGCAAUUUGGGGGGUGAUACUUUUUGAUGACGUAAAAACUAGAACUAGAAAUUAAGGCAAAUGCUAAUAAGUGCAACCUGGCUGGCGGAGGAAACAAUAAAAGGGGAGAAGGAGAAACGAGAUAGUGGCCUGGCCGACACCGGGAGAAGAAGGGAGAGAAGGGUAAAUCGUCACUCAGACAAUCAUAACUGC